UCCAUGGAGAAUGCCGAGAUAACUCGAAUAACGGUACGCUACAAAAUUUAUGUGGGAGAAAUGAUCUUCGUUUGAUAAACAACCGAAUAUGCGUUUGUCGCGCGCAUCAAUAAACCGCACAUAAAACAACAACAACAACAACAACAACAAACGGCAGAACUGUUUUUCAUCUCGUCACGAAACCCAACAGCUCCAACCGAGACAGAACCAUUGUCUGAAUAUAUGUUUAGGAUGGCCUGGAUAGGCAAGAAGAAGUCGGUGAUAGCCACCAGUCUGAUCGCGGUGGUGUCGCUCUUUGUUGUGGUGGUCAACUACUCAGAGAAGCCAUACUUCCUCCUGGAACCAGUCUUCGGCCAAACCUUCAGCAGCCACUGGAUGUUCUCCAGGCAGACUCACAAGGCCUUCAAACCUCACCUGGGAUACGUCAGCAUCCCUAAGCAGGAGCCACUGAAGCUUCACUGUGAGGUCUGCUCCGUGGUGUCCAGUUCAGGUCAGAUGUUGGGCCAGGCGGCAGGGCCGGAGAUCGACCACUCCUCCUGCAUCUGGCGUAUGAACAACGCCCCGACGCGCGGGUUCGAACACGACGUGGGGCACCGCACCACCCUCAGGGUCGUCUCUCACACCUCUGUGCCCCUGCUGCUACAGAGGCCUCAGUACUUCUUUGGCCAGGCCAACGACACGGUUUAUGUGGUGUGGGGUCCUCUGAGGAACAUGAGGAAGGAUGGGAAGGGCAUUGUGUACAACAUGCUGAGACAGGCUGUAGAGAAGUACCCCCAGGCUAGGAUCUACCUCACCACAGAGGAACGCAUGAACUACUGUGACAUGGUGUUCAAGAAGGAGACCGGGAAGGACAGGUGA